AGGAGAAAGAGAGACAGAGCAGAAGCUCUCAGAUUAGAGUGUGUGUUGCUCAGAGUGUUGCAGCACACGCUGAGAUGAUUCUCGAGAUAUAAGUCAGUUAAUUGAGCAAGGAAACGGUCAGCUCAGUGUGGUUCUGUGCUCUUUGUGAUAUGUCAGGCACUGACAGUCCAAACAGCACCAGUGCGUCUCCGAUCUCCGACUACGAAUGGAGAUAUGAAUACUAUGAUGAAGAGGAGCCGGUGUCUUUUGAGGGACUUAAGGCGCACCGCUACUCUAUAGUGAUCUGCUUCUGGGUCGGCCUGGCUGUCUUUGUCAUCUUCAUGUUUUUUCUGCUCACAAUUCUGACCAAGACGGGAGCUUCACAGCCUGACAGCAUGGCUCAGCCAUGUGAGAAGCGGCACCGUCUAAUUGACUACAUGGACACUGAACUCAACAAUAGAGUCCGCCCUCCUCACUCCAGUGGUCUGGACUCCUCCUGUUCUCUUUUCAAGUGCUAUGUGUCCAAGGAGGGUCAGUUGAGUCCCAGAGCCCUUUGGACCACAGGCAGAGGAGCAUCUGGAGGCUGCCACAGGAGGCCCAGCAGCAGUCUGGAGGGGGAGGAUGGCAUUCUCCUGCAGGAGCUAGCAGUGGCAGCUAAUAGGACUGAGAAAGAAGGCAUCCUGUUGGCUCACUUUAGCAUCCCUAACUGUGUGAACUCUGACCAGAGCUCAAGUGUAGUUGACAAUGAACAGCUGCUGGGAGAUCCAGAGCUGCCAGUCACUCCGGAGGGUUGGGAUCAGAGUGCUGUGAACCACAGCGACCACAAUGAUUUCCACGCCCCCAGGAAGAGUGCUGGACUUUGAAGCCAAUUUGACAUGGUAGAGGGGUAAACCGGAAGUUACCAACUCAGCUGGCAGUCUUUUUCCAUGAUAUGGAAGCUUGUUGAACUUCAUGUGCCACUGAAUGGUCUUCAUAAGAAUGAAAUGAUUCCCAUCUCCAACACUGUAUCCACUUCUUUCUAUCAUUGAUGAUUUUAUAUAAAACUGGACAGCUGAGAGCAUUCUUAUGAUAACUCUGCUGACAUCUGAAGACACCACAGCUUUGAUUAUGACAAAACAUUGAUGGAGGAUGUGUUUACACUUCCUGACAUUCAAAUAGCCACCAAGUGAUCACAAAAUACACAGACUUGCCAAUGUAAGUCUACGCUCUCCAGAAAAACUUUAAAAUUCUAUGGCCAUAAAUAUAUAUAUGGUUAGGGACCACUGAGAAAACCAUGAAAGACAAAAUAUAAGAAUGAAGUGUGUUAAGUUGUCCACACCUGUUAAGCCUCAUAGGUCAUCUGUAAAACAUGGCAGUAUUUUUCCUGUCUGUCUGUCUGUCUGUCUGUCUGUAAUGUGACAGUUGGGUUGACAGGUGGAACAUUUUCUCCUUUGUACUGAUUAUAUAACCCAUCCUGCCUCUUUUGGUGCUUCAGCUAAAGAAGUAGAUAAAGACAGAUUGUAGCAAGGUUAAGGCACACUUCACACAGUAUAUGUACUGUAUACACAGAUGACAACAGCAGGUUGCUAUUCUGUAUCACCAUCAUGUCCUGGAGAUGGAAACAGAUGUUUUCCUUAGUUCUCUUCAUCCUUUGACUCUGCCUAAAGGACAAAAAAAAUAAGUGGAGUGUAUCAUUUAUUUUCUUCACAAUGAGUCUCUGUCUGCUGCUAAAAUGUUUUAGUUCUGACCCUCUGCAGCAGAAAAAUCACUUUAUGCUGCUUUUUUUUCCUUUUAAAUGACCAGUCUGUAUGAUUUAGUGGCAUCUAGCAGUGUAGAUGCUGGUGGCAAACCCUUCACCUCACCCUCUCCUUCCUAGCAUGUGGUCCCUAUCUAGAGUCAGUGUUGAGUUUGCUCAAAAAUCAGACACACUGGACCUUUAAAGCCUCCCCGAACAUGUGAGGGUCUGUAUUUAGCAAACACUUAAGAAUGAUCACAGAAACUGUGAAGUACAAAAGUUUGUCAUUAAUGGAAGAAUAAAACACUUUUAUCAGCAACCUCCCUCUCACAGUGAAGUGUAGAGGAAUGUCUGAAUGAAAGGUAAAUGGCAACACUUAGAGAGCGCUUUUAUCCAAAGUGCUUUACAAGGUUUCCGCUGCUCCUAG